CACCUGCGCAGCUGGAAUUCUCUCUAACCUCACUUGCAAUAAUUACAAAAACAAGAUGAUGGUGUGCCAAGUGGGUGGCAUAGAGGCUCUUGUGCGCACUGUCCUUCGUGCUGGUGACAGGGAGGACAUUACCGAGCCUGCCAUCUGUGCUCUUCGUCAUCUGACCAGCCGACAUCAGGAAGCUGAGAUGGCCCAGAAUGCCGUUCGCCUUCAUUAUGGACUACCUGUUAUGGUUAAACUCCUGCACCCACCAUCCCACUGGCCUCUGAUAAAGGCAACUGUUGGAUUGAUCCGAAACCUUGCCCUUUGCCCAGCAAAUCAUGCGCCUUUGCGGGAACAGGGUGCGAUCCCACGACUAGUUCAGCUGCUUGUACGAGCACAUCAGGACACCCAGCGGCGCACGUCCAUGGGUGGAACACAGCAGCAGUUCGUGGAGGGCGUCCGCAUGGAGGAGAUAGUUGAAGGGUGCACUGGGGCUCUCCACAUCCUCGCUCGGGAUGUUCACAACCGGAUUGUGAUCCGAAGACUCAAUACCAUUCCACUGUUUGUGCAGUUGCUUUAUUCUCCCAUUAAAAAUAUCCAAAGAGUAGCUGCAGGGGUCCUCUGUGAACUUGCUCAGGACAAGGAGGCUGCAGAGGCCAUUGAGGCUGAGGGAGCCACAGCUCCCCUGACAGAGUUGCUCCACUCCAGGAACGAAGGCGUGGCAACAUAUGCGGCUGCUGUUCUAUUCCGAAUGUCUGAGGACAAGCCACAGGACUACAAGAAACGGCUUUCGGUUGAGCUGACCAGUUCCCUCUUCAGGACAGAGCCAAUGGCUUGGAAUGAGACUGCUGAUCUCGGACUGGACAUUGGUGCCCAGGGAGAAGCCCUUGGAUAUCGCCAGGACGAUCCCAGCUACCGUUCUUUUCACUCUGGUGGAUACGGCCAGGACGCCUUGGGGAUGGACCCUAUGAUGGAGCAUGAGAUGGGUGGCCAUCACCCUGGUGCUGACUAUCCGGUUGAUGGGCUGCCUGACCUGGGACAUGCCCAGGACCUCAUGGACGGGCUGCCCCCAGGUGAUAGCAAUCAGCUGGCCUGGUUUGAUACUGACCUGUAAAUCGUCCUUUAGGUCGAGGAGUAACCAUACAAAUGGAUUUGGGGAGUGACUCACGCAGUGAAGAAUGCACACGAAUGGAUCACAAGAUGGCGUUAUCAAACCCUAGCCUUGCUUGUUCCUUUUUUUUUUUUUAAUAUCUGUAAUGGUACUGACUUUGCUUGCUUUGAAGUAGCUUUUAUUUUUUGCAAUAACUGUUAGUUUUUAAAUCUCAUAGUGUUAUGUUCUAGUGAACCUGCUACAGCAAUUUCUGAUUUCUAAGAACUGAGUAAUGGUGUAGAACACUAAUUCAUAAUCACGCUAAUUGUAAUCUGGAGACGUGUAACAUUGUGUAGCCUUUUGUAUAAAUAGACAGAUAGAAAUGGU